UGUGUGUGUGUGUGUGUGUGCGUGGAUGUGUGUGGGUGUGCGUGUGUGUGUGCACAUGUUGAGUGCUACUGCCUUAUUCAGAAAUAAAGACAAGGCAGGCAGUCAAGAGGAAAGGUGGAAAUAAACAAUUUCACAGACCACAGGCGCCCACACAAUUACCCAGCUACACUGACGCCAGGAAUAUAUGGAAACGUUCUGUUCUUCACAGGGAUUUUCCUUUGCUCGUCUCCAUUUAUUGCAUAAGAAAUGGACAGGCAAGAAGAAAAAAACAUCCGCGUGACAGGUGUUUGUGAUGGCAAAUCCGUGCUGUUGCUGAAAGUGACAUGCAGUGACACGGCCUCACCUGGAGAUGUCUUCCCUCCCCCUAUCAGCCACUGAGCGCGCGGGUCAGCCGCUACCACAACAAACACAAGGGCCACCAGGCAAACGCGUGCGUGCGGACGGGACCUCUGCCACGGCGCGCCUCCCUGUAAAGUGAUGGAGUUGAACAGCUGAAGACGCGCGUGUUACUGGCGCAAGAGAAGAAGGGGGUGGCAGAGAGAGAGAGAGAGAGAGAGAGAGAGAGAGAGAGAGCGAGAGAGAGAGCGUACAAUUGUAUUGCUCGGACAAGUACCAGACAGCAGAGUGUAUGGAAACUACUCCACUGUGAUACUUCUCGGAUUGUUUUGAUUGUCAUAUUAUGAUUACUAUUUAUCAUAUAGUACAGACCGGCAGCGCAAAGCCGCCAAACUGAGAGAAACAAAUCGCCCCGUUCCUCCAGAAGAAUAGCUUGGAUUGGAGACAGAGAUAUCCAUGUGCCCGAUUAGCAGACGAUCGUUUCACUCCGAAUCGGAAUACACAAGCGGUAUUGACAGCCGCCUCCGGUGAGCUACUUUCGGGGACGGUGAAGGAGAAAAGAGCAGUGAUGUCGUUCAGUCUUGUGCUCCUCCUCCUCCUCCUGUCUCUGGCGGACCGCGGCUCCUCCCAGAUGAACGUGACGGACAGCCCCCCGCGGGGGUGUGGCCCGGGGCUGGGCCGGCCCUACGCGCUGCUGUGCGACCUGGAGGCGGUGUGGGGGGUGGUGCUGGAGUCUGUGGCGGGCGGGGGCGUGCUGGCGUGCCUGCUCCUGGGCGGGGUCCUGCUGGGCGUCCUGCGCCGAGUCUCCGAGCCGGAGAGACGCAGCGGGGUGGGGCUCCUCCUCCUCCUGCUCGCCGGCGCGGUCGGCCUCUUCGGCCUCAGCUUCGCCUUCCUCAUCGAGAGCGGCGAGGCGCUGUGCGUGGUGCGGCGCGCCCUCUGGGGGGCGCUCUUCGCCCUCUGCUUCUCCUGCCUGCUGGUGCAGGGCUGGCGGGUGCGGCGGCUGGCGCGGGGCGGGCGGACCCCCGGCGGCUGGGCGCUGGCGGGGCUGGCGCUGGCGCUCACCACCGUGCAGGGCAUCGUGGCGGCCGAGUGGAUCCUGCUGACGGUGGCGCGGGAGGGCCAGCCGGCCUGCCUGUACCAGCCGCUGGACUUCGCGCUGGCCUGCAGCUACGUGGCGGCGCUGCUGCUGGCCGCCACGCUGACCGCCGGCCUGGCGCUGCGCGGGAAGGAGCAGCGCUGGCGCCGCAGCGCCGUCUGGCUCUUCGUCUCCUGCCUGGCGUCCGUCCUGCUGUGGGCCGCCUGGCUGGGCUUCUAUCUCUACGGUAACGGGGCGCUGGGCCACGCCCCGGACUGGGACGACCCGGUUCUGGCCGUGGCGCUGGUGUCCCAGGGCUGGCUGCUGCUGCUCCUCCACGCCGUCCCCGAGGCCCACUUCUGCCUGCGCCCCGCCCCCCAGCCCGACACCCCCGACUACUUCGACACCUCGCAGCCCCCGCCCCGCCUCCGCGAGACCAGCUUCGACGAGGACCUGCCCCUCUCCCACCGGCCCUACAUGGAGAACCACGCCUUCUCCUUCGACGAGCACAGCGCGGCCCUCAGGCCCGGCUACCGCAACAGCAACAUCGGUCUCCGCAACAGUGGAGUUCCCUUCCGCAGCAACGUCUACCAGCCAACGGAGAUGGCCGUAGUGCUGAACGGAGGCACAAUCCCCUCUGCCCCGCCCAACUACACAGGGAGGCCACAGUGGUGAAGAUGAGGAGGGUGAAGAGGCGCCUGUCUCCGGGAUGGUGGGAGGACGCAAGAGGGAACAGGAAGGGGGGGUGAUACUGUGCCUUCCUGGAACAGAAGCCGAAAGAACAGGCUUCCCUGUUUUUGGAUACAGACUAGUCCUCCGCUUUUGUUUGAAUGGACAAAGGGAGGGGGAGGAUGCAGUCCUUCUGAUAUCAGUGCUCACGGAACUGUGAGGGGUGUAGGAUGGAGAUGUAGAAUGGGGGGGCAGUGUUUGCGUGUGUGUGUGUGUGGGGGGAGGGAGGGGGUGAUGGUAAAUGACACAAUAUUUUUGGCAUAGUGCUCAAAUUACACCUGCUGGUUCUUCAACUACAAAUACUACAAAUUCUAUAAAUGCUAUAAAUACCCAAAGAGAAUGAUUAAGAUGUAAGAAUCAUAAUCUUUUAGAAGCAGAUAUUUCUUAUAUAUUUUUAGUCUGUCAGAGACAUACAGAAAUGGGGGUCCCGUCACCUUUUAACAGGGUUAUAAUUAAGACAACAUGAAGUACAAAGGUACAGUAGAUCAUCACGGGAAGGUUUCCUCUUGUUUUGUUCUUGUGCAUUUUUUUAUUUUUAUUUUUUUUUUGCUGCAUUAAAAAUGCUGAUUAAUAUUUUAUCGACACAGUUGCUGAAAAGUCACGCGUAAAUGAAGUGGUGGAGUACCGUAUUACCGCAGACGCCCAGCGAUGACGCUUCGGCGUAGAGCAGAGAAGAGAACGCCGCCUUUCCAGACCAUCUAGACAUGUAUAGACCGUCUGCCAUUUUAGAAACGAGAGUUUGUUUCCCGGCAACGAGAGAAAAACAACCGUGGAGCAAAAAAUGGCCCUGUCCAAGUUUGGCCGAGCCGUAUCCAGUUCAGCCAGCUCAGGCCGGCUGGUUUGGGCAGACGGGGCCAGACCCUGUGCGGAGUGUGUGUGGGGUACGGAGAGGAACGCUUCCUUCCACACGCGCGCCCAUUAGCGUCUCCGUGCCGAAAUUUGAGCCUCGUCGUUACACCACGGCGUGAACUCCCUGUUCUUGCAGUCGCUGAUUUAUUAUUUUUUUUUAAACCUGUCUGCUGGCCCCCUCUGGACUGGACUCCGGCUGAAGGACGCGUUCUGCCUCUCAGACAUUCUCGGCCCCCCGUCAGUUUUUCCUUCUCUUGACCCGGGAGGGGUCCCUUAAUGGAGAAGUGCGGCUUGGCUGUCUGCUCUGGGCCCCGCUGAGAGCUGUUUUUUUUUUUCCCCGCUCAUGAAACGGAAAAUCCUUUCGCAUCCUGGCAGAGGAGGUGGGCGGGAUUUACGGUGGGAGUGUGUCAGGGCCGGAAUUGGACAGAUGACGGACACAUGAACUCCCCCGAUUGGACAGAUCAUCUGCGCAUCAUCGAUGAAGAAAAUGGAUCUGCCGAAGAUCAGCAAUCUGGGUCAGAUGUUAAUCAUCACUGACUUCCAAAGCACCUUGGAAGUAACCGUUUCGAAUGGUGCGUGUGACGGUGUGUUGAGAGUUAAGGGAGAACGGGAGUCACUGGCUGUUUUUUUUAAUGAAUGGAAAUUUAUUUUGAAGUCUGUUUACUCCCAAAUAUCUUUUUCUGUCUCUCUUUGAGUGUAUUGCUUGCUUUGGUCAGAUGUGAUGUCUUCACAAGACUUCCUGUUUCCUGUCUAUGACAGCAUCCCAUGUCAUGGGUGAUCUUGUGUCUACCCCUACAAAUGCACUUCAGUUACAGGUGAAAAUAGUGCUUAGUUCCAGUUCACCUGUACACAAUAGAUAUUGUGAAAUAGGUCUAUUUGCUUUUUUAAGUGGUUCAUGGAAAUGGACCGGCUUGGACUGAUACUAACUAAUAACUGACUGUUAAUUUCUUCUGAUGUGUUGCUGGAUUGCUUGUUUAUAAAAUGUUAUUUGACUGCUUUAUUUUGCUUUUGUUUAACUGAAGUCCAUAAUUAUAGUAUUAGUGAGCUAUGUUUCAUUUUAAAAACAUCCAGGACGUGUUGUUGGUCAUUUUAUGCAAAUGUGAUCAUUUAUGAAAAUUCAUAUCUAUAUUUGAGAAGGCUAAUUAGAUUUAUUUAGCCUUAGUCUGUUCUACAGAUUUAGCCACAAUUCAGCAGCUCUCCAAAAAGAACACAGUCUAUAAACUGCUAUUGAGAGGUUUGUGGAAUAUUUGUACUGUUUUGAAAACGAGGUAUUCUUGCGUAUCGCUAAUCAGGGUUGUGGUGUUUUGCACUUUACGAGUGAUGUCUAAUCAUCUCUGAGAUGCCAUGAGGGGAGGAGGAGGAGGGGGCUCAUUUAUCUCUGGGUCUGAGUGUAACACUGGUCAAUGAAACAGGAUGAGCCCCUAAGUUGUGGCCUACUUCACCCUCUGGCCAAGUCAAAAGUUCAGCCCUCCCUGUGUGGGGUGCCUGUGUGAUGGGGUGGUUAAGGAUCCUGUGCUCUUCCCCCAAAGUAGGAGAAUAUGCAACACCCCCCCCCCCCCCCAACUCCCCCAAUUUUAGAUGCAGGCAAAAUUGUUCCCUGAAUAAUAACAGUAUUAUUUGCCAUGGGACAAACAUUUCCUAGCACAAUGAGUCCCCCAAAAGUCUAGCUCACUCCUACACCCCUGGCACUAUCCCCUAGCCCUACCCCCAGGCCCGUGUCAGAAUGGAUCCUUCCAUGGCCACCACAUGCAUUGGCCCUACCCCCAGGCCCGUGUCAGAAUGGAUCCUUCCAUGGCCCUACCCCCAGGCCCGUGUCAGAAUGGAUCCUUCCAUGGCCACCACAUGCAUUGGCCCUACCCCCAGGCCCGUGUCAGAAUGGAUCCUUCCAUGGCUGCCACAGGCAUCCUGUCACCCUGUGCACCCAAAAUUAAGAAUGAGUCAGCUAGUCAUGUUUCACGAAUGCUGACUACCUCUGGAAGGAAUCACUACCCUGCCCUUUUAAAAGAGGGAUUGCUCAGCCCUCUUUUAGACAUGAAACUAACUCUUUGUAUUGUUAGAAGUUAUUAUUGUUUUGUUUUAGGUUUUCUGUGGAGGGGGCGGGGGUAGAGGGGAUUUCUGAGUGGGGGACUCAGGACUGUGAACAGUGGAGGAUUUCAGGGAUAACACAAAAAAAGCUUCACAAUUAUCUGUAUUUCUGCUGUAACAGUAUUUACAGUUACUAACUGUGUUACAAUCAAUUUUUGUAUCUAUACUGCUGUUCAUCAAACCUUAUUGUAUGCACUAUGAUUGUUGUAAGUAGUUCUGGAUAAGAGUGUUUGUUAAACAAAUAAAGGAUGAAAAAUUAACAGUAUCAAAGGUGCGAGUUGCGCCCAAUUUGUUUUUUUGUAAUAUUGAUGAACCCCUCCUUCCUUAAUUGGACUUGUCCUUGACUGCCCAUACCCUAGCAGUCUUGCCUGUGGAAUGUUCCAUGUUGGCCAGCUGCUGGGGGUGGUACUGGUCCCCAGCUGUGCCUAUACAUUGACGCAGAAUAUUAAUGUAAUUGAAUAUGUUCUUCAUAAAUAAAUCUUGGUCUCUGUAACUCCUACAGUGCAAAUACUUUGUAAAAUACUUUGAGUCCACGUUUGACAUGUUGAAAAAUUUAA